CUUCUUCUCGAAACUUUCUGCAAUCAUCCCUUUUAAAUUAUCCCUCUAAACUCGGAAGGGACAUCGUAACAUAUCGCAUAUCGUACGUACACUGACCAACUUCCAACAUGCUACGCUACGGGACUCCACUUGUUCCCGAACAACUCGUUCGCUCCACCCUUUCGUUGAUUUUGAAUACCUACUUCGUAGUUCGGGGUUCUAGGUUUUCGUACCUUGAAUUUCGCCCGUUCUGACCGCCCAAAUUCUAUAUUGCAUUGCUUUGAACCUAUUAGUUGCACCACGUUGUCGGUAGGGGGGUAAUUGGCAAAUCAUCCCAUUUUCACGUUUCAUACCUACCUAAGGUAUCAGGUUUAAUUUAUUUAUACAUUUACGUCCGGGUAUCUUGUCGACUUUACCGAGGAACGGCAAUUCCGAAAAAAGGAAAGAAAAAAGAUACCUGGUUGACGAUGGCGUCUCCACCGUGGGCAGACGCCGCGAGUCACGAGCAAUUCUUCGUCCUACUUACAGGAGCUAACAGUGGUGUCGGUCUUGGUAUUGGACAACGAAUAAUUGACGAAUUCCUCGCCUCGCGAUCUUCAUCAUCCCACUUAGUCCUCAUACCUACGACACGCUCCGUCUCCAAGUCUCGCGAUACUAUCCGAUCCCUGCGCGUCCACUUAGAGAAAACGGCCAAGUCCUCGCGGCAGCUUCGUGCUCGAGCUGGCCACGACUAUGACCCCCAGACCGCCAUCUCUCGAGUCCACAUCCUCAGCGUUCAGGUAGAUUUAUGUGACCUCCGUUCGAUAUACGGUGCCGCGAAACAAUUGGUUCACGGCACGGUGAGCGAUCCGACUGGGGUAGUUACAAGUGUGAAGAUACCCCGUCUCGAUGCCGCUAUCUUCAAUGCGGGUAUUGGCGGUUGGUCUGGGCUAGACUGGUGCUUGUUUGUGAAGCAAUUCUUGCAAGUUGGAGUUGUACAGUCCUGCACGUUCCCUAUCUUCAAGAAGGCUUUACCUGCUGCUACGCUUGGCCAGCGGAAGCUUCUUGGGGAUUCGAUAUCUGAUCUGAAGACGCCGCCACCCGCGUUGGCCGAGGUCUUCUGCGCCAACGUCUUUGGACACUAUGUCCUCGCCCACGAGCUAUUACCACUGUUAAGCCGCUCACGACCAAGCGAACCCCGAGGCAGAGUAAUAUGGACCAGCACCAUAGACGCCGGCCAUGAACACCUUAACUUCGACGAUUUCCAAGCUCAGCGGUCCAGACCUCCAUAUGAGAGCAGCAAGCGGAUAACCGACCUCCUCUGCCUAACCGAGGACCUCCCCGGCGUGCGAGACGUAUCCUCCGCGUACUUUUCCUCUCCCGCCACCACUGACAAGCCCAUCAAACCGCGUUUUUACCUCUCGCACCCGGGCGUCGUCUGCACGCCCCUCUUCCCCUUAAACUGGAUCCUCUACUGGGCCUACUACGCGGCCAUGUACCUCGCGCGGUGGCUCGGGUCCCCCUGGCACCCCGUGGAACCCUACCUGGGCGCGUGCGCGUCGACGUGGCUCGCGCUCGCGGACCAGGACUCGCUCGAUGAGCUCGGCGCCGAGCGCGUCAAGUGGGGUACCAGCGCGACCCGAUCCGGCCGCGCCGCCCCCAAGAAGUCCGAGGUCGACGGCUGGGGCUGGGAGGGCAAGAUCGAGCGCCCCGACGUGCUCAGACGCGACCCGACGCCCGGCGUCCUGCAUAAGCUUAGGGGGCGCAAGUGGGACGCCGAGGAGCUGACGGAGGAGAAGCGCGCGCAGUUCGAGGAAGAUGGGAGGAGGUGCUGGGUUGAGCUCGAGAGGCUGAGAGUUGCGUGGGAGGAGGCGCUGAGGGAGGGGAGUGGGAAAUAGGAGAGGAGGAGAGAGGAUGAAUGGAUGAAUAAGAGUGUGGAGAAUAGCGCGGGGACUUGCAAAAAAGAAGAGAAGAAGAAAAGGAAGAAAGAAAAAGGAGGGUGUAAUACAAAGAUACGAAGGUCCAUACAGGGAGAUCGUAAUGGAGAAGCAUAUAUAGAUGCCAUUUCAGGUAGUUGCAUCCUACUCAAGGGCAUCGUAUUAUAACAUAUAUACCCCGAGCCCUGGGUAGGAAAUUAACCAUUAUAUAAAGUUGCCUACCUAAGGUAAUAUACAGUGAGAUACCUAUCUAUAUCACGAGCGUGUUUGGUGUCUAGUAUAGGAGGUAGGUAGGUAUCAAUAACAUCAAAAUUUCCGUACAUAGGUUAGGUAGGUAGCUACUUGGGUAAAUAAAUGUAUUAGAGG